AUGAAGUACUCUAUGCUGCUCGCGUCGUUGGCGCCUACGCUGAUGGCCGCACCGCUCACUCGCGAUACCUUCGAGUGGACGCCGACAUUAGCUGGCUACUUCGACGUUGUCUUCCAAUAUAUGCAGCAGGCUCAAUCGCCUGGUCAACCAUCGCCAACUUGUGAUUUGUCAAACGCUGCUAUGCCCAUCGCACCGACGCCACUGCCCAGUCCGGCGGGAUUGGUCCUUGAGCAUGUUGUUGUAGGCAGAGGUGUUCAGAACUACACAUGCGCCAAUGCCACAGCCACCCCUGCAGCAGUCGGAGCUGUCGCAAGAUUCUACAACGCCUCGUGUGUAGCGGCCGACUACCCAGAUCUCCUCGGCCUCAUCCCCAACCUGGCAUUACAAUACCCUCUGCCAGCUGAUCCAUCUGCUCCUCUUGCGCCCUCUGAGCUUCAACUUUCAUCCCAUCACUUCUUCGCUAACACCACCACGCCGGUGUUUGCUUUUGACACCCCCGAGUCUCCCGACUUCGGCACCAUCUUUGCACAGAAGGUAAACUCCUCCGAUGCACCGGCCAACGCAGUGCCCGGAGUCAGCGGCAAUGGCAACGGCGCGGUCCCUUGGCUCUACCUGACAUCUCGAUCCACCACCGAAAGCGACAUCAAGGCUGUCUACCGCGUGAGCACCGCUGGUGGACAGCCCCCGGCGACAUGUGCAGACAUGCCUGCGGAUUUCAGCGUGGACUACUCGGCGACCUACUGGUUUUACAAAUAG